UGGAACUUGUAUAGCUGCAGGACCUAUAUGUGUACGACACCUGACGUUACAUUAUCUGACAUAUACAUCUAUGUCAAGUACACAAUCAGGCGUGAAAAUCAGACAAUUUCCACCCGGCUAUUCCUUAUCAACUAAAUGGCUACUUAAUGUCAGUCUCACAUCUAGUAUUUAAGUGAGCAUAAACUACAAGUGAAAUCAUUCGGUCUCUGCACAUCUCAGACACCUACAAGUCAGAAGUUUGCUAUACUGUCUUUUUUUUUGUUAGACUUUGCUUGGUAAAACAUGAAUAGUAGUAGUGAUUACGAUUCUGAAACUCUAAAGGAGCUCGCAAGGAUAGAGGAGCAAGCAAGAGUUAAACAUCUUUUAAAGAAAAAAGCUGAGAAGAUACGAGAGGAAAGGGAAGCCGCCCUUAAAAGACGGGAAGAAACCAUAAAAAGGCGGGCACAGGAGCAAGCAAAGAAGCGAGAGGAGGUAUUGGAGGAUCGUAGAGAGCUUGAAGAGUUAAGAAAAGAAAUAGAAGAGUUAAAUAGGUUGGCGACAGAGGGUAAGUUUGACAAAGAAGAGGCAGACCCAAACAAAGAGGAAGAAGAUCGGAAUGUACAGGGAACGAAAGGGGUGAGUUUUAUAUACACGAAAUAUCAUGUUUCUCUAUAAGAUAGAAAUAUGCAUUUAAAUAGCAUGAUAUUUGUUUACGCGUCAAAUCUAAUUAUUUCUUCUUCUUCUUCUUCUUCUUACUUUCCCACCACGCAGAAGGGAGGUGUAAGAAACAGAAAAGGGGGGAAAUAUGUACUGCUCCGGAGGCAGAAGAAGGUAGCACGCGUGAUACCGUUAGGGACACAAGUAAUAGAAAUCGAUUAAGUACUGUUUUAGACGAAACCGCUGGGCCUUCUUCAGAUUCGCAUGGAAACAUAAACCAUUGUAAAUUUUGCGGCAGUCAAUUUGAAAAUGAGCACUAUCUAAAAGAACAUUUGGAAAGAAAACAUUUAAAAACAGAACAAGACAGCGACGACGAGGAUGAGGCAUAUCUAAACUUAAAAAGAAAAUACAAGAAAAUCAUUAACAUGGGUCACCGCAGGGGGAACGUUCAGGAUCACUAUAACUUUCCCGUCGAACAUCUUUCAAUAGAGGCACUAGAAAAUCAGAUGUUACACAUUUUCAGGCAACAGUCAAACACAUUCAAAGUUAAUUUGUCCUUUGGGUUCGCGUUAACAGAUAUUGAAGGAAGUAUGAGGUACUUUUACCCACACAACAAUGAAACUGUUCUUGACCAACCAAUGUUGAUAUCUGAAUUGAGAGACGUUCGACGAUUGAUUGACAGACUGAGGGAGACUGAUUUGCUGGCGACUGUUUUCAGUCAGAGACCUUCGACGAAAUGGCGGGUAUACCGCGUAACAAAUGUCCGCUGGACAGUGACGCGCACCAGUUUUCCUUUAGGGGCGCAAGUGACUUUGCCAGAUUUCAUUAAAAACUUGAAUUCCGUAAUCAACCUGACGCAUGAUCGAAACACGGGUCGCCCUUUUACUGACAACUUGUGCAUUUUUCGCUGCCUUGCGUAUGAUAGAGUCCGCGAUACAAAAAAUAUAGAACGAACUACACAUAAGUUAUUUCGAGAUUACACGGAGGACAAGUUCAGCUCGGAAACAUACCCGGGCACCCCUCUCUCGGAAAUCGGAAAUAUAGAAAAGCAUUUCUCCGUCAAUAUCAACGUGUACAGACUGAGCGAAACUGGUGACGUCACGUUCGUUUGGCGCAGCACAGAACGUUAUCAACAUACAAUUAGUUUAAAUCAAUUUGAAAACCAUUUGAGUUUUAUCAAAUCAUUGUCUGUUUACAGUAAAAAGUAUAGGUGUCGUUCCUGUGAUAAAAUGUUUACAUCCGCUUACUCACUCCGUCGUCAUGAGAAAACAUGCGAGAACGCAACCAAAUUUGUAUUUCCAGGUGGAUACCACUCCAUCAUUCCGACAAUACACGAAAACUUGGAAAGUUUUGGCUUUACUGUAGAAAAUGAUGAUAGAUUUUAUUCUUAUUUUAUCACUUUCGAUUUCGAGUCAAUGCUUAGGAGGAGUGACACAUAUUUGCAUGAGCACAUUCCUGUUUCGUGUAGCGUUUGCUCCAACGUACCCGGUUACGAGAGCCCACACUGUAUUGUAGACGAGAACAGUCCUGACGCUUUAGUAGAAAAGUUUGUAAACUACCUGACUGAAAUUCAAUGCAUGGCCGCUGAACGAACGAGAGAACGGUUCAACGAUAUACUUGAGAGGAUGGACGAGGAAAUAGUUGAUAGCGACGACGUCGGCGACGAUGACGACGACGAAACACCUACAGACAGACAUAGACACAAUCAGUUGUUUAAGUUACGGGACGAUUUGAAUAGAUACAUUGACCAGAUUCCUGUGAUAGGUUUUAAUUCUGCAAAAUACGACAUCAAUUUGAUAAAAACAAAAUUAGUCAAACAUCUAAAUCUGAUGGAGGACAAGGCCAGUUUUGUUGUGAAGAAAUGUAAUCAGUACAUGUGCAUCUCUAGUGAAAGAUUUCGAUUUAUAGACAUUAGCAAUUUUUUAGCAGCUGGUAGUUCCUAUGAUCAAUUUAUCAAGGCAUAUCAUCCGGGGGAAAUGAGAAAGGGGUAUUUCUGUUAUGAGUUUUUAGAUUCACCCGAAAAGCUCAAUUAUCCUCGGCUGCCUCCAUACGAUUCUUUUUACACUGAAUUAAAACAAUGUAAUGUUUUAGAAGAAGAACUCAACGCGUAUAAUGCCCUUUUGAUUGACGGGUUUAAUCACAGCGAGGCGUGCAAACAAAUGAACAUUCAUCAGAAACCGUUAUCCGGCGAAGAGAAGUACGAGGAGCUGGAAUUGGUAUGGGCGCGCGAAAAAAUGUCCACGUUUCGCGAUUAUUUAAUUUAUUAUAACAAUUUAGACGUAGAACCAUUCAGGGACGCGGUGCAAAGAUUACUCGACUAUUACAUCGGCGACGGUGUUGAUGUAUUUAAGACAUGCAUUUCAGUUCCGGGUGUAGCGCGACAACUACUGUUUCGAUCGAUGGAAGGUACCGCGCACUUCGCGCUAUUUCGCGACGAGGAUCGGGAUAUUCACGAAAAGAUACAACGCGGUAUCGUCGGCGGUCCGUCAACCGUGUUUAGACGUUACCACGAAAAGGGGGUGACGCGUAUUAGAGACGGGGACAAAACGUGCGAGUGCUUUCUGGGUCUCGAUGCCAACGCGCUUUACUUGGACAGCAUUUCAAAGCCAAUGCCCACUGGUUACUAUGCAGUGAGACGCGAAGAAACGCGAUUUGCACUCGAACGUAAAGACAAAUAUUUAAAAGCUAUCAAGUGGCUUGACUUCGUCGCCGUCUCCGAAAAUCGCGACAUACAACACGUGCUCAACCGAGGUCGCGAGCAUCGCAUAGGGCCAUACCGAGUGGAUGGUUUCGAUUCCGGCACCAACACCGUGUUUGAAUUCGACGGGUGUUAUUACCAUUCACAUCACUGCAUUAAAAAUCUCGACCCCGAGCUGCGGAAGAAACGCGAAGCGCGAAGCGAGAAACGGGAGCGCUAUAUAAAGGAGAGGGGUUACAACAUCCGAAGAAUUUGGGAAUGCGAGUUUGACAAAAUGGCGCGAAUAAAUGACCGACUGCGCGAGCACUGCGAAACUUACAAGCGCGAAACGGAACGAUUAAAACACAUGACCAUGGAUCAAAUCUUGGAUUUCGUGCGCGCGGAAAAGUUGUUCGGUACGAUAGAGGUCGAUUUAGCCGUUCCGCCGCACAUGAAAGACAUAUUUAGCGAAAUGUCGCCAAUAUUUGCUAACGCGCACGUACCGUACGAAUGUAUUGGCGAAUACACACAAGACAUCGGUGAACGUAUAGGUGUAUCCAAAAAACCGCGAAGACUCCUCAUCGGCGGUAUGAGUGCCAGAAAUAUAUUAAUAGCGACUCCGCUCUUGAAAUGGUACUUGGAACACGGGCUGACGGUCUCGCGCGUACACACCGUUAUCGAGUACCAGCCCCGGGCGUGUUUCAAAACGUUUACCGAAGAAAUCAGCGAUGCACGACGCGCGGGUGACAGAGACCCCUCUCUGGCGAUUGUGGCAGAAACGUGUAAGCUAAAAGGAAACGCAUCCUACGGUUCAAUGCUCAUGCGCAAGGAUCGGCACUCCAAUAUAAAAUAUUUAAAUUCGGAGGAUAAGUUAUUCCAGGCCGUUAACGAUAAACACUUUAGGAAACUCGUCGAACUCGGUGACGGACAGUACGAAAUCGAAACUGCUAAAACUCGUGUAAAAAUGGACAUACCUAUUCAAAUAGGCUUUUUCAUUCUUCAGUAUGCGAAACUCCGCAUGUUGUCGUUCUAUUACGACUGUUUGGAUUUAUACUGGGAUCGGCGUGAUUUCGAACUCAUAGCCAUGGAUACGGAUAGCUAUUACUUGGCCCUGUCCGGUACCGACCUUGAAGCGCUGGUACGUAGCAACAUGACGGCGGAAUUCGAGACCGUAAAGUACGAUUGGUUUCCGGAUGACAGAACACCGGAAUCCAAAGCUCAUACGCGACGAACUCCGGGGCUGAUGAAAGAAGAGAUGAGGGGGGACGUUAUGGUUUCGCUUUGUUCAAAAUCGUAUUGUGUGCAACAAAUUUCGGCUUCCGGUAAAAAAUCUAGCAAAAUUAGCUGUAAAGGUAUAAACAAAAGACAGUUGAGACAUCCCAUUGAAUUAUAUAAAGAUGUUCUCUUCAAUAAGGAGGUACGCUCGAAGGUGAAUCGAGGUUUUAGGGUGAUUAAUAAUCAGAUUGUAACUUACACACAGGAAAAGUGUGGUUUCACAAGUUUCUAUCCAAAACGUAAAGUUUUGGAGGAUGGAAUCCGCACGGAACCCUUAGAUUUAGUACUGUAAUUUAUAUAUCAUAGGGUUAUAUGUUUCAGCGAACUCCCGGGACCUUGGUACUGUAAUUUACAUGUCAUAGGGUUAUUCUCUUUAUAUGUUUCAGCGAACUCCCGGGUCCCUGUUUAAUUCGUCCCUGAAAACUUUAGAAGAGUACACCCAUAGGUUAAGCCUCAUGAUUAUGGCGGCAAUACACACAUUUCUUUACAAUCACGAAUAUUAUUUCCUUCAGUUUAAUGACCGUGUCUCUGAAGACUGUUAUGAAGGCAGGAUGGCCGUAGAAGAGUUACACAAUGUGACCUAUCCAAAGUCGCUUGCAUUAUUUAGAUACGCAUAUCCAAAAUAUUGUGAUAUCAUGUUAACUUUAAAUAAAACCUUCCAUUGUAACCUUAUAGAAUUCAGAUACGAUAAUCUUCAGUACUUGGUUGAUGUUUAUGGCUUUCAUAUUCCUGAAUCUGACAGAAGGCUCAUCGGUUUACUUAGAAGACUUGCAACACAAUUUAGCGGCAGUAGACUGCACGAGGCAAUGUAUGAACGUCACGAAAGGAGGGAAUCAUUGGAAUGUUAUUAUGGUUCUGUAAGUGAAGAC